AUGCGGCGCCCCCCCCCCCCCCGCCCCCCGCUCAGGCCGGGCUGCCCAGGCGCUCCGGGCCCCUCGCCCCCCGCCCCGGGCGUCCCUCGAGCGCUUCUCCCGCGCCUCCGACCGCGCCAGGCCCCCUUUGCGAAGCGAGAGCUGCCGGGCUCCCCCGUACCUGCCCGCCGGCUGGCUCUCUGCACAUGCUCAGCGACACUCACGCCGGGGUGGUCUGACGCGCCGGGCGGCUGGAUCCGGCCCAGGAGAUCGGGGCCCGGGCGGAGGCUGCGGGCGGGCGGGCGCCCUCGAGAGGCCGAGGCCGAGGCCUCUCCCGCCAAGCCCCGGAGGCCUCUUCGGCCGGCCGGCCUGGCCCCCUCCGCUCCCCCAGGCUCCGGCCCGGCCCCCGGCCGCCGCCGCCCCCACCUGCCGUGCGCCCCGUGCCAGGCGCACGAUCGCGCCGCGGACGCCGCUGCCAGCCGGAGCCGAGGCCGAGCCGAGCCGAGCGGGCGGCCGCUUCCUGGGUGGUGGCUGCGAACCGGCGCCGAGGAGAGGAAGCGAGAGAGCGGCGAGAGAGCCGCCCCCUCGGCCAGCCUCCCCGGCGCAGCGCCGCCAGCCGAGAGGGAGGAAGGCCGGCCGGCCGUCCGGCAGCCCAGGGCCCCGGCCUCCGGAGCGCGGCAGCGCCCAAGAGCCGUGCGCUCGCCGGGGCGCCCCUCGCCAGCCCAUCCGGGCAGGGGGCGCUUCUGCGGGGCCCCGGCCCAGCCCCGCGCCCCCGAGCUCCCGCCCCCUUGCCCGCAAUGGGGAGGGGGGCCCUUCUGCGGGCGCCCCCAGCGAGAGCCAGCCUUUGGCAGCCCUCUGCAGCCUGCCCAGCCCCGGCCCAGAAACACCAUUCUGGGCUGCGUUGCUGCCUUCUCCCCGAACCCCCCUUCCUGCAACGGGCGCCCCCUUCUCCAUUGCAUCCUUGGCAGCCCCUGGGAUAGGCUGCGCCCUGACGGUGCCUGGACCAAGGUGACCCAGCGGGGACUGGAACCCUCGACCCCCACGAACCGCUAG